AUGGCCAGCGUCUCGACUCUUCGUUCCGCCACUACGCCAGCUAUCCGCGUCCCUGCUACCGAUCUUCCCAUCUGCAAGACCAUUCUCUCCUACACUGUCAAGUGGCCCAAUCAUAAGGAUGGCCGAGGCUGUAUCAUGGCAUUUUUGGCCGAUGGACGUCGUGCGAAGCUCAUCUCCAAGCGUUACGGGGGUGUCCGCAAGCCACACGAAGCAGCCGUCGCAACCGCUGCCCCGUCCAAGAUCAGGCUGAAGUUGACCCGAAAGACGGCCAAGGCGAACUAA